AUGCACCUGGCCUUGCAGGAGGGCCCCAUGAACGUGCUGGAGGCAGGGGCCCUGCAGCAGCAGCAGGUGUUACUGAAGGGCUGCGGAAGCGGCGCGGGGGGUGCAGGGCGCGUGCACAGCAUCGACGUGAUCCUGGGAUUUAGCAGGGAUCAGGACUCGCUCCUGGGCCCCCUGCAGGGGCCCGGCCUCGCGGCCAGCAAAAGCGGCGCGGGCAGCCUGGGGGACGCCAGCAGAGCGGAGCAGCAGCCGGCUCCCUACAGCGCCCAGCCCCUGGGCUCGCACCCGGAGGAGGCGGCUCUGUACGAAGCCAACAUGUUCCUAAAUAAAUGUGAGGGAGAGCUGAGUGAGCUGCGGAAGAGCGUGGACAGCGAGGGCACCACGCCGGAGAACACAGAGGAGGAGCAGCCCAAGAAGAAACAUCGCAGGAACCGCACAACCUUCACCACCUACCAGCUGCACGAGCUGGAGAGGGCCUUUGAGAAAUCCCACUACCCAGACGUCUACAGCCGGGAGGAGCUGGCCAUGAAAGUCAAUCUGCCGGAAGUCAGAGUGCAGGUGUGGUUUCAGAACAGACGCGCCAAGUGGAGGCGGCAAGAGAAAAUGGAAGCCAGUUCGAUGAAACUCCACGACACCCCCAUGUUGUCCUUCAACAGGCCCCCAAUGACCGCCAACGUCGGGCCCAUGAGCAACUCCUUGCCUCUGGACCCUUGGCUGACUUCCCCCAUCUCCAGCGCUACCACGGUCCACAGCAUCCCAGGUUUCAUGGGGCCCGCCCAAGCCCUGCAGCCCGCCUAUGCCGGCCACUCCUUCCUCAACACUGCACCUCCCAUGGCUCAGCCCAUGCAGCCCAUGGCACCCACGCCGUACCAGUGCGCCACCCCCUUUGUGGACAAGUACCCUCUGGAAGACAUCGACCAGAGGAGCUCCAGCAUCGCGUCCCUACGGAUGAAAGCCAAGGAGCAUAUUCAGACCAUUGAUAAAACCUGGCAGCCUAUUUGA